CGCCGGCUCACUUUCGUGACGCGACCCACGGCGAGGGGGAAGAUGGCUAUCCUAGUGAAGGGCGUGCGGUGGUCCACGCGACCAUUGCUGCCGGUGGUCCAGUCUUGGGACUUGGACCCCCGGCGCUGGGUCCGGGCGCUGCGGCGGAGCCCGGUAAAAGUGUUGUUUCCAUCCGGACCGGCGGCGGAGCGGAAGCCUGGCUCCCGGCAGCAGCCCCUGAAGGCGGCGGCCGAGGGCAGCCCCCACGCGCCGCGAGUGCAGCGGCCGCCUCCGGCGCCCCUGUCUCAGAAGCCCAGCACUUGGGAAGAGUCCGGGCUUCGCUACGAUAAGGCUUUACCUGGGGACAGAAGGCUGAGCACUGUAAUGACCAUAGUUAAGUCCAGGCCGUUUCGGGAAAAGCAGGGGAAGAUCCUGCUGGAAGGUCGCAGGCUGAUUGCAGACGCUCUCAAGGCUGGUGCUGUGCCCAAAGUUUUCUUCUUUAGCCGCGUGGAGUACCUAAAGGAGCUGCCCAUUGACAAGCUGAAAGGGGUCAGCCUCAUUAAGGUGAAAUUUGAGGAUAUCAAGGAUUGGUCCGACCUAGUAACACCACAAGGAAUAAUGGGGAUCUUUGCCAAACCCGACCAUGUUAAGAUGACGUUCCCAGAGACUCGGCUUCACCAUGAACUGCCCUUAUUGUUGAUUUGUGACAAUCUCCGUGACCCUGGGAACCUGGGGACGAUUCUGAGAUCUGCUGCUGGGGCAGGCUGCAGCAAAGUCUUACUCACCAAAGGCUGUGUGGAUGCCUGGGAGCCCAAAGUGCUGAGGGCGGGAAUGGGUGCACAUUUCCAGGUGCCCAUCAUCAACAACCUGGACUGGGAGUUGGUACCCAAUUACUUGCCUCCAGAGACUCGUGUCUACGUGGCAGACAACUGUGGCCUUUAUGCCCAGGCCCAGAUAUCUGAGAAAGCCAGUGACCAUGGCUGGAUGUGUGACCGACAACUCUCGAAGUUGCACAAGUAUGAGGAAGAGGAAGAGGAGGUUCUAGAAACUGGAGCCGGUAAAGGCUGGCUCCCUGAACUUGAGGUCCAGAGUUACGACUCGGACUGGGCAGAGGCACCAGCAGCCAUAGUGAUAGGGGGAGAGACCCACGGCGUGAGCCUGGAGUCCCUGCAGUUGGCCGAGGGCACCGGGGGCAAGCGGUUGCUGAUCCCUGUCAUGCCGGGUGUGGACAGCCUCAACUCGGCCAUGGCCGCCAGCAUCCUGCUGUUCGAAGCGAAGAGACAGCUGCGGUUAAGGGCGGACCCUUAAGCAGAGACAGGAGUUGCCACCGAGAAGGGACGUAGAAGUCAUCCUUGGUUUGAGGUUGUCUCCAGCUCUUCCUACAGAGUUAGUAAUGGUGGCUCCCCAGCAGGUAGGCACAAUGCUGUUGGUUACUGGAAAAAUAAUUUACCUUAAAGGAUUUCUGCCUAUUUUCAAAGGUCAGAAUUCUUCUGAGAUCCCCCAUCUCCCUGAUUUUUUAUGUAGCUGUAAAGGCCCCAGGUGAUGGCCCUCAGUAGCUAGCUGUUCUUGUGGCUCGGCUGUGCCCGCCUCUGCAGUUGUUUGCUCAGGCCCUGACUUACAGCCACUGUGUGCGUGUGACGCGGUCCCCCCAUUUCUGGUGAAGUGGCUGGUAGAAGUGACUCGAUCCAUCGGGUGGUGGUAUGCGUUCUUGGCACCUCUGCAGAGACUUUUUUUUAGGACUCUGUUGAGGAAAGGAGGACAACAGUUUUACCAUCUUCAGCUUAACCCUGCAUCUGUCGGGAAAGCUGUGCCCCUUUUACUCCCUGAACACUUGGUUAAACGUAGUGAGUGGAGCUACUUACGUUAAGCCUCUCUCCUGCACACAGGAACAGAACUGCUUAGGAAAAUGCCAGCAUUCCUGGCUGCUGUGACAGGAGGGAGGCUGAGGUUCUGAGGAUGUGAACUUGGGACCCUUGGGCCCACAACACUGCAGCAAGACCCUGCUCUUGUGUCAAACCCCCAGGGGACCAGAGCUAGCCAGACCCUCACUUACCAGGGGCCAGCUGGGUGUGGCCUGGAACAGGAGGGCGGAUGCAGAGAGUCAUCAUUGUGCUUUAAGUCACGGUGUGGAGGGCAGGUGGGACUGAAGUAGGAGGCUGACUUCAAGCAGUGUCUGCAGGCACGGAGAAUGUGGUUGGAGACGUGGACGACGAAGGACACUGGCGGUAGUGUUUUACCGCAUCCCUUCCGUGCAGUGGCUCCUAUAGUGGUCAGGGUUCCUCGAGAGCCCUUCUGCUGCUCAUUCCAGGGAGGCUUAGCUGCCGGCAUGCCUGAGAGGAGCUGUGAUCCCCCUUCUCCCGUGGCUGCCCCAGGUCCUGGUUGAACUUCCUCUCAAGAGAACCAAAAGAUCCAGCAGACUCAUGCCCCAAGUGGCAGGGUGGGGUUGCUUCGGUGUGUUUGAGGAGGGGUUUUGCAGGAACAUUCUCUGGUUAGCCUGUGCUCUCCUAGGCUUACAGGUCAGAACUGCUGCUCUGGUGCCCCUCCCCGCCAGUCUGGGGCCCUCUUCUGGGGCCCAUGCAAGUGGCCCACAGAUUGACUGUCAUCUCUUAGAGGGUAGAUGAGCUCCUAAAGGCUGGGCCUAGUCUGCCAGCCACACUGCCCGUCAUACCAGCAGGCUAAGUCUGGGAGGCAGCCCGGAAAACGACCACUCUUCCGCUGACAUUUGGUCUCAGCACCGUGGGAAAGUGCUCCAGAAACAAAUCACUGAACAGAAGGUGGUGCUCAGCAUGAAACCAGCCCGAAGUUUCUGUCCCUGAGUCACUGUUCCUGCUGAUUUUUGUUACAGAAUAAAAAUCAGUGAAAGAACAACAAA